AUGCAUGGUCAUGCUGUAAUGGAACUGACAAGUGCUGGUAGCUCUACUGGCAAUAAACCUUCCGAUCAUUAUAGUCCCAAUGAUAAUAUUUGUGAGAAUGAAGGUACUAGUCAGUUGCAAGAUAGACUAGACAGUAGAAAAGCAAUUGACAGUAAUGCCAAAGUUAACCUGCAGUGUACAAAAAGACGUUUACAAGAUCAAGAAAAUUCUGGUCAAAAUUCGAAAAGAAGUCAAAUUAUUGCCCAGCAAGGUCCAUCUGACGAUCCUAUUAAGUCUACUUAUUUGCCUCAGAAUCCAAGUACGAAAAAUGAUCAUACUGAUUAUGUCUAUAAUUUUCAGGAAUUUGAUUAUAACUUUGAGCGUUAA